CGUGGAUCUAAGAUGGCGGCUGUUAUCCUGAACUGUUGCCCAGGAAAAGGCCCCGGGUCCACGAAUCCGGGACUUGCACGUUGUUAAUCGCGGUUUGAUGUAUUUAAUAAAUGCUUAUAAAGCCUGCCCGUCCUCCCCCCAGCUCCAGGGUUUCCCCCGCAGUCCCGCAACCUCACCGCUUGCCGAUGAGAAAAAAAACAGCGUCUCUGCCCAUUGUCAUCUCUGUCACUGCGCAUGCUUCAAGCACUGGGUGGGACCGCGCCUGCGCACGUGACCUGGAUCUGGAACAGGCACCACCGCGGGGCAUGUUGGGGGUUUCUUGUGUUGCCACAAUCUUAGGUUGUCACCCUGCACUUCACUGGACAGUGUGGAGAAGGACCAUAUGGCAGGAACAAAAUUUCACUCUGCAAUGCUUCUUUAUCUACCUAAGGGAGCUGAAGAUUUUUGACAACUGGGCUUUUAUCUCUUACAAUUCUUGGGCUAUUUUUCCAGUUGCAACAUUCAACAGGAGAAUUUAAUUUCAAAGCAAUGAAAUUGUUUCAGAAGUGAGUAUUGUUGCGCAUCCACCUACAGUUUACAGCUUUUUGUGCUAUGCUGUUGCUCCAUCUGUCUGGAUGUGUUGUGAGUCUAUUACAGUGUUUAUGAAACCAGGUCCAUUGCUUUGUUUCACCACUCUCACCCUGAUCAUUUCUUUGUCAUUGUCCAAGUUGAUCUACCAUUAAUACUGGUUUAUCUUAACCCUGUUUAGUAUUUUGCUGGUGUGUUUACUAAUUGUUUCCAAAUGGGGUUUUCAUUGUUACUCAUCUGUUGACUAUAUGUGGCUGAUUCACUGGUUUUGUCUUCCCACAGUCAGCAAUUUUAUUUCCUGAAUAAGUGAUCAAUUCUCUUCUGAGCUAAUGUGAACCAUCAUAUUCUGUACUAUUUUCAUUCACUGUAUUCAUUCUGCACAUCCUGAAAUGUUAAUUCUGUGUUCCCUUCACUACAAAUACUGUCUGAGCUGCUGGGUUUCCAGCCUUUCAUCUUUGUUUUAGUUGUCCAGUAUCUACAGUAUUUUCCUCGAUUUAUUCCAGGACUUGUUCAGAAAACUGAGUCCAGAAACACAGACAGACUAAUUAAGAGCUAAUUAAGGUUUAGAGUAUGGCAGUUUUGGUUCCAGAGAUUUACUCUGUGUCUCCAGUUCACAUCCUUUUUCACAGACUCACGGAAUGAUCACAGAACAGAAGGAGGCCAUUUCGUACAUAGUCAGAGAAAAUAGCCAGUGAGUUUCACUCCCUUCCCUUACAUUGUAACCGAAGGAGGUUUCCCCCCCACUGAACCUCGUUCUUGGGCAAUGAGCAGGGCGAAGUAUUAUUUGAGAUGUUAAAGGAUGAUAAUCGUUGUUUCAAAAGGUUUAAGCUGUUGUUUAUGAAAAUGAUACUAAACAAUCCAUUGUACAAAUAAUUAACUCAGGAAGGCCAACUUUGUCCUCUUAGUUGAAGGGUCAGUAAUAACAGGGAGCAAUUUUAAUGUGAAAGGCUGAUACUAGAUUUGAGGGAAAAAUAUUUCACCAAGAGGGUGGCGAGGGUCUGUAAUGCACUUCAGGUGCUUAUCCAGUUCUUUUGUGAAAGCAUUUGAUGAAUUAGCUUGAGCUGAAAUGGAUAUGGAGGAGGAGCUGCUCGGUUUAAUCCUGAGGCCUUUGGAACCAGUCAAUUCCAGGAAUUUCCGAUCUCUAAUUGUCAGCAGAUUGGCACGUUUUAGGGGAGAUCAGGUUGUGAAAUGGACACUGCAUUCAAAAUAAUGAGAUGAUAUUGUUAGGAACAAGCAUUUCUGCAGAUGCUUUUAAUCCAUUUUUAUAUGUAUGAUCCUGUAUGAAAAUUUAAAUAUUUUAAAAAUUUGAUCUUGGGCUUUCAGAAUCACCACCAAGAUCAGCAGAUUAUAUUGUCAUCCUGUAACAACUUGUGGCCCUGCUUGAAUGCUGCAGUCUGUGUGGUGAUGAGAAAACAUUUCAAUUAAGCGGUGUGUUUUCGGCAUUAUCUUGAAGAACAGUGUGACCUGGAGAAAUUUAAGGAGGAAUUUCCAGAUCCUCCGCCAACGGCAGCGAAAUUUAUUUAAAAACGGCCAUUGGUGGAGGAAUGAUUUAAAAUCUGGAAAGUUCAAAAGUUGGAAUGGGCUGAACACAGAUAUAUCUGACUUUUGUGCAGCUCAGAGAGAUUAGAGAGGUAGAGAUGAUUUCAGCCAGGAAGGGACUUAAAAACAAUGCUGAGUUUUUUUUAAGUUUUGGUGCUUUGUAAACAAAUAGCAUAGCGGUAAUGGGUGAACAAGGUUUGGUGUGAAUAAAGUCUGAACAACAGAAUGAGGAUAACCUUGAGAUUACAGGAAAGAUCAAUGUGGGAAGUUUGCCAAGAAUGUGCUAGAACAUUUAAGUCCACGAGUAACAAAGAACUGGAUGACAGUUCCAGAGGAGUUGAGACCAGGGCAGAGUUAGGUGAUGUCAUUGAGGCGGAAAUGGAAAGCCUUAGUGAUGAGUCAUUGCCCCCACGCUCUCUUAUUGCUAUAAUUCCCACUCUUGCCCCUCGCUGUCUCCGUCGCCCCUCAUUCUCUCCCUCACCUCUUGACGCUGCCUUCCUCGCUCCCAAGCUUCCUCCCAAUCGAGCCACCCCCCCCCCCACUUGCUCGUGCUCCUCUGCUUUGUGGCCUCUGCUGUCACCCAAGCUCUCUCUGUUCUCCCAUGGAUGUCAGAUAUUUGUCGUCCAGACUGCAUGGCAGUUUCCAUUCCCUGGAGGAGAUUGGUGACCUGUUGGUUUUUUUGAGGGAAAUCUGGCAGAUUUCAUGGUCACGGUUUCCUUGUGACCUCCCCAUAAACUACUAGAUUCAGUCAGCUUUGUUUCUAAGCUGGUUUUUGUGAUUUUGUGUUCCUUCUGUUUUGAAUCAUUUUUUUCUGUUUCUGUUCUCAUUAAAUUUUACAAGUGUAAUCAAAGGUAGGAUUCACAGUCGGAAAUUCAAGCCAAAUAUCAUUUCAGAAUCUCACAGAAUCAUCUGAUUUAGUGUAACCUGAAUACGACUGGAUUUUGAGCAUGGAAAGAGAAAACACUAUUCUCCCUGGCGAGAAGCUAUACGCAUGUCCUGAGCAUGGACAAGGCUUCAGUCAGUUAUCUGACCUCACAAGCCACAAGCGCAAUCAGACUGGGAAGAAACCAUGGAAAUGUGGAGAUUGUGAGAAAGGAUUCAGAUCCCCAUCGGAGCUGGAAAUUCACCAACACAGUCACACGGGGGAGAGGCCAUUCACCUGCUCCAAGUGUGGGAAGGGAUUCACUCAGUCAUCCACCCUGAUGUCCCACCAUCGUGUUCACACUGAGGAGAGACCUUUUAAAUGUCCAGACUGUGGCAAGUGCUUUAAAAGUUCGAGCAAUCUGAUGUCCCACCAAAGAGUUCACACUGAUGAGAGACCUUUUAAAUGCCUGGACUGUGAGAAGUGUUAUAAAAGUUCCAGGGAACUGCUGUCCCAUCAACAUACGCACACUGGGGAGAGACCAUUUAGAUGUCCAGACUGUGGGAAGGGCUAUAAAAGUUUUGGGGAACAGAUGCGCCACCAACGUGUUCACACAGGAGAGAGACCCUUCAAAUGCCCAGACUGCGAGAAGUGCUAUAGAAGUUCCAGCAAUCUGAUGUCUCAUCGGCGUGUUCACACUGACGAGAGACCAUUUAGAUGUCCAGAUUGUGGGAAGGGCUAUAAAGGUUCCAGUGAACUGGUAUCCCAUCGACGUGUUCACACUGACGAGAGACCUUUUAAAUGCAGAGACUGUGGGAAGUGCUUUAAAAGUUCUGGGGCAUUGAUGAACCAUCAACGUGUUCACACUGACAAGAGACCUUUUAAAUGCCCAGAAUGUGGGAAUUGCUUUAAACGCUCAGGGGAACUGGUACGCCAUCAACGUAUUCACACUGAGGAGAAACCUUUUAAGUGCCCGGACUGUGGAAAGUGCUAUAAAAGUUCAGGGGAACUAAUGUCCCAUCAACGAGUUCACACUGAUGAGAGACCUUUUGGAUGUUUAAACUGUGGGAAAUGCUAUAAAAGUUCAGGGGAUCUGAUGUCCCAUCAACAAGUUCACACUGACAAGAGACCUUUUAAAUGCUCAGUGUGUGGAAACUGCUUUAAAAGUUCAGGGAAGCUGAUUUCCCAUCAACGCAUUCACACUGACGAGAAACCUUUCAGAUGCUUCCAGUGCGAGAAUAGAUUCAGGUCAUCAUCUGAGCUCACUGUCCACCAGCGAACACACACUGGGGAGAGGCCAUUCUCCUGUACAGAGUGCGGGAGGACAUUCGCACAGUCAUUCAAUCUGCUGACUCACCAGCGGGUUCACACUGGGGAAAGGCCAUUCAGCUGCUCCAAGUGUGGGAAGAGAUUCACUCAGUCAUCCAUCCUACUGAGGCACCAGCGAGUUCACACUGGGAAGAAAGCAAACCAUUUAAAUGUGACACUGCAGGAAGUGCAAUAAAGGGUCUGGGGCUCUGAUGUCCCAUCAAUGUGUUCACGUUGCUGAGGGACCAUUCAAAUGCUCUCACGUGGGGACUGAGUUUGGGCAAACAUUUCAACUCAUUGUACCCAGCACGUUCACUGUGGAGAAGCCUGUUCGUCUGCUCUGAGCGUGGGAAGGUAUUCAUUGAAACUUUUCACCUGCUGAGACACCAGUGAGGUCAGGGGUGACCUUGGGAUUGGAUUUUGCUGCUUUUCACAUCCAGGGUUGAACUGUGUUCAUUGAUGUCUUUUUCUUCUGAUGUCAUUAAUUCCACUUCAAUUUUUGAUGUUAGUUUUCUGAAUAAAAGUCACAAAUCAGAUUUUCA